AUGGGCAGGAAGAACCUCAUGAGGGGCUCAACACCACACACGCCCAAAUGCGGUAAGACCCUUUUCCAUGGUUCCAGUUCGAUGUUCCUCGACCGUGGAUCUUCCGUCCCGAACACUGCCAAUUUGGAGGUAUCGGGAGUCUGCAUCUACUUUUCACGUCUCGCUCGAGUCAAGGGUCGCAAUCAGGAUCCAAGAUCUGGUGCGCUGUUCUUCUACGUCAUGACGCUACUAAGGGACAGCCUAAGGGCCACGCUACCGCGAGAUCUCGCAGACGGGUUGAGGUGCGCCUGA